AUGAGCAUGGACGUGCAUUCUUUGUUUCGCAUACUGCAUUCAUGCAACACCCACCAUUCAAUAUACUUAGGAAAACAGCUCCACCUUAUUUGUCUCAAAAAGGGUAUCAUAAAUUCUGCUGUUGCAUUCGGAAACCGUCUUCUACAAGUGUAUGUGAAAUGCGGUAGGAUGACCGAUGCACUGAAGUUGUUUGAUGAUAUGCCCCAAAGAAACUGUUUCUCGUGGAACACACUGAUUGAAGGUUAUACAAAAUCUGGGGACCUAGAAAAAUCUUUACAGUUGUUUGAGGAGAUGCCCCGUAAGGAUGAUUUUACGUGGAACUUGAUUGUUUCUGGGUUUGCAAAAGUGGGUAAGCUGGAAAUUGCUCAUAGUUUGUUUGAUGACAUGCCUAGGAGAAAUUGGGUUGUCUGGAAUUCUAUGAUUCAUGGUUAUUCCAAGAAGGGAUGCCCUAGAGAUGCUUUAAGGCUUUUCCAGGAUUUGAGUUCGGACGGGUUGACAUUGUCACAUGAAUGUAAGUUUGUGUUGGCUACUGUUAUUGGAGCUUGUGGUGAUUUGUUUGCGCUUGGUUGUGGUAAGCAAGUCCAUGCACGCAUUUUUAUUGAUGAAGUGGAAUUUGACUCUGUUUUGGCUAGUUCGUUGAUUAAUUUGUACGGGAAGUGUGGGGAUUUAGAUAGUGCAAGCCACGUUUUCAAUAUGAUGAAGGAACCAGAUGAUUACUCUCUCUCAGCCCUGAUUUCAGGUUAUGGAAACUGUGGUAGAAUGGACGAUGCAAGAAGAAUUUUCGAUACAAAAAGUAAUCCAGAUGUUGCAUUAUGGAAUUCAUUGAUUUCUGGAUAUGUUAACAGUAAUGAAAACAUUGGAGCAUUAGUUCUAUUCAGAGAAAUGCUGAAGAAUGGUGUUCACGGGAAUUCAUUUACGCUUGCAAGUGUUUUGACUGCCAUUAGUAUCUCAGGCAUCCUUAAACAGGCUGAACAAAUGCACACACAUGCUUGCAAAGUUGGGCUGAUUGGUAAUGUUAUUGUUGCUAGUGCUAUUCUUGAUGCAUACUCCAAGCGUGGAAGUCCUAACAACGCUUGCAGAUUGUUUAGUGAGCUCAAAGCCUUUGACACAAUAUUGCUUAAUUCUAUGAUCACUGUGUAUUCAAAUUGCGGCAGAGUAGAAGAUGCGAAACAGAUUUUCAAGGCAAUGCCAAGUAAAAGCUUGAUAUCAUGGAAUUCGAUGAUCGUAGGCCUUAGUCAAAAUGGCUGUCCGAUUGAAGCAUUAGAUCUUUUCAGACAGAUGAAUAAGCUGGACUUGAGGAUGGACAAGUUUAGCCUCGCUAGUGUGCUCAGUUCAUGUGCUACUAUAUCGUCGCUUGAAUAUGGUGAACAGUCUAACGAAGUCGCUUGGAAUUCUAUGUUGAUUGGUUACGCUACAAAUGGUCAUGGAAUUGAAGCACUAGCUCUUUUCAAUGAAAUGAGGCUUGCUGGUGUGGAACCCAAUGAAAUUACUUUCACAGGGGAUUAUCAUAUCGAUCCAGGCAUCGAACACUACGCUUGCAUGAUUGAUCUUUUCUCCCGUGCUGGUUUCCUCGAGGAAGCAAUGAAUCUAGUUGAAGUGAUGCCUUUUAAGGCAGAUGCAAGCAUAUUGUCUUCAGUCUUAAGAGGUUGUGUGGCUCAUGAACACAAGGAUCUUGGCAAGAAAAUGGCAGAGCGAAUCAUUGAGCUUGAUUCUGGGAACUCUGGUGCUUAUGUUCAGCUGUCUAACAUAUUUGCAUACGUAAAAGAGUGGGAAGGAUCUGCACAGGUUAGACAAGUGAUGAGAGAUAAGAGAGUAGAAAAAAAUCCUGGUUUCAGCUGGUCUGAUUGUUGA